GGAGCCGCGCGGAGCGCAAGUGGGAGUCCCUUCAACAUGGUUGAGCUGCGCGGGAAGAAGCUGGGCAUCAUUGGCUACGGCGACAUUGGGCAGGCCACCGCCCGCCUUGCCACCGCGUUUGGGAUGGAGGUGACGGGCGUGAGGCGGUCCGCACCCUCCGAGAAGAAGGACCAGCACGGCGUGCAUAUGGUGUACGGUGAUGCCGAGCGGGACCGCGUGAUCCGUGAGUCCGACGUCUUGGUCAAUAUUCUCCCAGGGACGGAGGAGACAAAGCUGUUCUUCAACAAGCAGCGCUUUGCCAUGAUGAAGCCGAGUGCAGUGUACAUCAACAUUGGCCGCGGCAUCACGACGAGCGGGGAGGAUCUCGCGCGUGCGCUUCGUGACGGCGUCAUCCGCGGUGCUGCCGUGGACGUCUUCGAGCAGGAGCCACUUUCCACCGACUCCUCGCUGUGGGACAUCAGUGAUGACAAGAUUCUUUUGACGUUUCACAGCGCUUUUAUGACAAGUGACCUUACUGACAGAGGUGUUAAUUUGUUUCUUAACUUGGCCCGUGAUUAUGGAACGUGUUGUUUUACCUCUUUUUGUUUUUUUGUUGAUGAAAAUUUUGUUUCGCAUCACUCUUUGCGCUAA